AUGGAGUUCUCUCUGAUCGCCGAUACAGUCUCAGUUUGCACAGUAAAACAAGGCAUAGCGUUUGGGUUUCUCAAUCCGGCAAAUCACAUUUCAUUCAACGUUGAUCAGUCUCAUAGUGGAACCAUCCAAGCAUCGGCGAAUAAAACAAUCCGAAGGAUCCGAAAGAAGAGGCGUAUGAAGCACGUUUCAUUUGGAGAAGACGGUGGAGAUUUUGGUUGUUUUCUCUUAGAAGGCGGUGGUAACGACGGUCUAUUUGGUGGUGGAGGCGGUGGGAAGGGAUGGAAUUACGGUUGUGGUGGUGGUGGGGGGAAUUGGGAUGAGUCUUUGUAUUGGUCAUGGUCGGAUCCAGCAAUGGAGUUUGUGUAUGAAGUGAUUUGCUGGAUCGCUUUGUCUAAUUGUGUACACUUUGCCUUCAAGAGGAUAGUGAGGAUCUUGAAAAGGGAGAAGCUUAACCUGACAUUAUCUCCGGUGUGCUGA